GCAAAGUACCGUCGAGACAACAGUCCGAUUUGUCGUGUGCCUAUCUCCCCGUGUAUUGAAAACGAAUUUCGACGGAACGCACGACGAAGAUGGCCGGCACGGGAAGCGGUGACGCCGGUGGUUGCUGCUCGUCGAUUAUGAAGAAACUCGGCCUCCAACCCGUCACGCGAUGCAGCCUCGCCAAGUUCUACGUGCCGGCACUCGGCGCCGCCUCGUAUACGGCGAUGUCCGUCAAUGUCAUGAAUCCGAGUCUCGUCAUCAAAGUAUUCCCAAAGAGAGACAUUACAAACGUCUUGCUGGUUGGCACUCUAGUUGGAACUGGAUCAUACAUCUACACACGUGAGCACAUAAAGACUGCGCCACAGUCCGUAAGAGUUUUGUACAGUGUUACCGGGGCGGUAUUAUUGAGUUUGGGAUCUGUCUUAUUGUGGGCAGUGAUACGUUCCGUAGUGCCACCAAGUCCAGCCUGUUGUACGAUAGCUGGUAUCGGCACUGGAGUGGCAUUUCUUAAAAUUGGCUCGAGCUAUCUCGAGUUUGUCGACAACCAAGUAGCGAAAAAGUAGGCUGUUUUUGUUAUGUACUUUCUGUUUUUGCCUCUUUUCUAUUUCAAAUUUGUAUUUUAAAUUAUUACGAGAGGAAAUUGCAUUGAAACAAAAUGAUACAUCUAAAAGUAUCGUUGAAUUUCAACUGAAAUUUUUACAGACGUAAAUUAUUCGCGAAAAUAUUAUCCUUUUCACCUAAGAAUUUUCUAUUUACGCGAGAUUUCUUCUAAGAAAAUAAGAAGAAGAUGAGUCGAUAUUUUUAUGAAAACUCGAAUCGUCACAUUGCACAUGCGCUGUCAACAAUUUCAGUGUUGUCGAAAUUUUUUGCACAUUAGUGAAUGUGUCGAACAUUCGCUACUCUUUUCUCUCUCUCUCUCUCUCUCUUUCUCUCUCUGACGCUCAUCGUCGCUUUAUACCUGACAAUGUUACCGAAAUCGGAUGAAUCGUUAACACAAAUUAUUUACACAAGAUAUAUUUUGCAAUAUGCACGUAUUUUGGGAACUUCUAGGGAAGAUCCCGCAUAAUUCCGGAUCGUUUCGAAAACCCGGAAAAUAUGUGCAUACGCAUAUGUUUUGUAAACGAUACAGCAUUCGCAUAAGGAUGCAUCGUCAUGUAGAUAACUGUCACCAUAAAUAUAUUCGAAUAUACGAAGAGUGUGACACGAA